AUGUUCAAAAAGCCGAGCGACGUUCGCGGGCAGCAGCGUCUGUCAGGAGCGGACCGAAAGAAGCUUCGGCGAAACAUCCGAGUCAAGUUUCCAGGCGCCACUGACGAGCAGCUGGACGCGAUCCUGCCGCCCAAGGCUGACGUGGCGGUGACGAGGCUGGUGAAUCGCGUGCUGGUGUACGGACUCGAGAACGGGCUGCCCAUGCUCUUCGACUGCGACGGCCGGGGCACCGAGAUCUACCCCACUGGCCUGCCAGCGUUCCAACCAGGGGAGGUGUGGUCCGUGAAGGCAGGCAUGAGGGGCAAGCUCCUUCCAAUCACUCACUGCUACCGCGACUCUUUUUGGGAGAGUGCAAAAGGAUCCCAUGCGCCCAACAAGGGCUUCCUGCCAGACAUGGUUGCGCCUGACCCUGAUGCCGUGCCUGCACUGAUGGAUGCAACACCUGGCGUUUCACCUGAAGAUUCACCUGAUGGUGUUUCUGGUGCUGCUGCAGGUUCAGGAGGAGAGAGGGAGGCAGGGCGGGGUGAGGUUGGGAGUGGUGGGGAGGGUGGGGCAGAUGCAGUGACUGGGGAGGGACUAGCAGCAGCAGUAGCGGCAGCAAGAGGAGGAGACGCAGGAGUAGGAGCAGGGGCAGCUGCGGCAGCAGCGGCGGCAGCAGCAGCAGUAACAGAAGCAGAAUCAGCAGCAGCAGCAGCAGCAACACAAGCAGCAGGAGCAGGAGCAACAGCAGCAGCAGCAGUAAAAGCAGCAGCAGCAGUAGAAGCGGCAGCAACAGGAGCUGCAGCAGGAGCAGGAGCAGGAAGAAUAGGAGCAGCCACAGCAGAUUCAUCAGUGCACCUGCCAGCGCCUCUACAGCAACCGGACAUUCAUGGCAAUGUUGCUGGUGCUGCUGCCACGACCGUUGUUGUGGCAAGGGAGGCGGAGGAUCAAACAGCAUCCGGUGCAGAGGAGUGCGUACCUGCUGCAGCAGCAGCAGCAGCAGCAGCAGCAGCAGCAGCAGCAGCAGCAGCAGCAGCAGCAGCAGCAGCAGAGGUAGCGGCACCACCACCAAUGACGCCAGCACAGAUGGACCAGCUGCUCGAGCACUGUCUGCUGCAGGCCCUCUCUGUCUCUGUCAAGCCCUCGCACCUGCCGCUGGCAGCUGGCUCCCUCUGGUCCAAUCACGUGCUGCCAUGUCGGCCGCCCGGCACAACAGUGGACAUCAAGAAUUCAUCUCACAAGAAGCAGAGCAAGUGGAUGCAUGCCAAGGCUGUUGACGGGCUGGUCCACUGCACACCUACCUACCCCCACAACCCCCCCUCAGUGCCCUCUCAGAUAAGUGGCAGGGAGGACAAGCACCGCAAGGAGCUCAUCAUCUCUGCCUUUAACCGCACAUAG